AUGGAUAGUUCAUUAAAAGAACAAAUCAUUGCUGAAGCUCUUCAAAAAGCUCAAAAAGAUGGAGGUAUUGGUUUAAAAGAAAAAUUGCGCAAGUUAUUAGUUGAACGUCAAAUUCCAUUUAUACCAUUAGCAAAUGAAAUUGAAUCACUGGGCCCACUUGGUGAUGGCACUUUCGGUAUGGUUGAAUUAAUACGUUAUAAAAAAAAAUUAUAUGCACAUAAAAGAGCACGACAACAUACAAGGGAACAUCGCAAUGGGAUACUAGAAGAAGGUAUUAAAUUAUCUGAUAUAGCUCAACAUCAUCCAAAUAUUCAACGUUUAAAUUUUAUUAAUCUUCGUACAUUUGGUCUUGUUAUUGAUUAUUGUAGUAAUGGUUCACUUGAUGGAUUUGUUAGAGAGAAAACUUCGAAUUAUACAUUAGUUGAUGUCCUUAAUUGGGGUUAUCAAUUAGCAGAUGCAUUAAGUUUUUUACAUUCGAAUAAUAUNCCAGGACCAGUAAAAUGUUAA